ACAACGGCGGCAAUCCGUUAGUAUUUCUUCUACCUUUGUGUCGAAUGGAACAAAAAAAAUUUUUUGCAUUUUCUAAUUUACUCGUUUGUUGUUUUAUUAUACUAUUGCCAGUAUGUUGAGUGAAAAUUGCGUCACCAAUUAUCACGGAAGCAGUGAAGCCAAAAUGAACAAGCUCUGCAGACAAGUAUCGAUCGAAUCCCCGGGCCCGGUGAUGAAGGACUGCGUCUUCAGCUUCGAGGUGCCGGUGCCGGAGGUGCCGCCGAACGGCGCCCGCAUCCGCGUCGUCUGCGCCGGCGCCUGCUACCGCAUGCGCAACCGCUCGGCGUCGACGUCGAGCGUCUCCUCCGUAUCGAGCGUCCACUCCGUCGAGGACGUCGGCUACUGCCCGGCCCAUUACGGCCACAAGGACGGCGCCCUCUUUCCCGGCUACGAGGUGGCCGGCGUCGUCGACGCCCUCGGCGACCGCGCCGCCGGCGGCGAGUUCGGCGUCGGGACGCGCGUCGUCAUCUACCCGUACAACGGCAUACCGCACGGCUACGCCGAGUUCAUCGUCGUGCCGGACCUCGCCGACCUGGUGGCCGUGCCCGAAGGGUUGCCCAUGGGGGUGGCGGCCAUGCUGCCCAGCGGGGCGCUGCUGGCCAAGAGCACCGUCAUCAAAGCGCAGGAGCGCAUCGUGGAGUUGCUGAAGAACAGGCCGGUCGAGCACCCGGUGAGGAUCCUCAUCGUGGGUACCGGCGGUUUGGCCUUGUGGGCUCUGAGGAUCGCCGAGCACCAUUUCAGGACGCCCGAGUGCGAGAACCGCGUCAAGAUCACGGUGGCUACUUUGAAAGACGAAGGAUUGAAAAGGGCUGCUGAGGAAUUAAAAUUCGUCAAUAUAGUACAAUGGAACGAAGACCUCUAUGAAUCACAACUAAUAGAAAGAACCAAAGACGCUUGUAAUGGAUUAGUAGACAUUGUAAUCGAUUUCGGCAUCACUUCCAGAUCACUCAACAGAUCGCUCAAAUGCCUUAACUCGGGCGGCGUGGUGCUGAUAAGGGACGAAGUGGCGAGCAAGUUGGUGCCGAGGUUCUCGGCUCUGGCGAAGGAGAAGCACCAGGAAAUCGAGGCGGUGGCGCCGGGCUCGAUCGAGGAGCUGAAGGAGCUGGUGGAUUGCGUGGCGAAGGGGGAGAUCAAGCCGCCGCCUUACACGGAAUUCUCCGCCGACGAGGCGUCGACGGUCAUGCAGAAACUGGGCCAGUCCGAGAUCAACGGAAGAGCCAUAUUGCGUUUUCACGAUACUCAAUAG